UGUACUAACUGUACACGAAAACGUAACCUAAUUUGAUUUUAAUUAAAUCGUAACGCUGGCUAGAUUUUUAAAACAUUCACAUUUUGCUAUUUUACCGUUUAACAAUUACAAAAGAAAUGAGUGUAAUUACGUGUGUUGCUCCUGUAAAUAUAGCGGUGAUUAAGUAUUGGGGCAAACGAAAUGAGGAACUAAUUCUACCCCUGAAUGAUUCAAUCAGUGCAACCCUUAAUGUGGAAUAUAUGCGUGCGAAAACUACAGUUAUGGCGAGUCCCACUUUUAAAGAGAACAAAAUCUGGUUAAACGGCAAGGAGGAGAGUUUUGAAAAUCCGAGGUUACAGCAUUGUAUGAAAGAACUGAAGCAACGAGCACGAAAGAAUACCGAUGUUGUUAAUUGGAACAUACACGUGUGCUCAGAAAACAAUUUUCCUACGGCGGCUGGCUUGGCGUCAUCGGCUGCAGGAUACGCAUGCUUCGUUUACGCAAUUGCACAGCUUUACGGGGUAGAAGGUGAUAUCACAGCCAUCGCACGGAGAGGGUCCGGAAGCGCUUGUAGGAGCAUCUAUGGGGGAUGGGUCCAAUGGCACGUCGGAAAGUCGGAUGACGGUUCCGAUUCGUUUGCUACGCAAAUUGCUGGAGUUUCGCAUUGGCCAGAAAUGCGGAUCCUCACUUUGGUAGUGAAUAGUAGCCGCAAAAAGUGCAGUUCAACAGAUGGUAUGAGGCGGAGCAUCGCCACAUCGUCAUUGCUAAAGUACCGUGUCGACCAUGUGGUUAAAGACAGAGUUGAAGGUAUAAUUAGGGCGAUAAAAGAAAAGGACUUUAAAGCUUUUGCUGAAAUUACCAUGAAAGACUCGAAUCAAUUCCAUGCCAUUUGCUCGGAUACAUAUCCGCCACUUUCGUAUGUUAAUGAGGUCUCUAGGAGGAUUAUUGAAUUAAUCCAUGCUUAUAAUGAGCUGCGUGGUACAACUAAGGUUGCAUACACUUUUGACGCUGGACCAAACGCGUGUUUAUACUUGUUAGAAGAGGACGUACCCGAAGUUGUGGCGCUAAUUCAAUAUGUGUUCCCUUCAGAUACUGAACGUGUGGAAUACUUCAAGGGCUUACCCAUAAACCCUGGAUCUUUAUCAGAUGAACUCAAAGUAAAGAUUGAUAUUCCUAAACAAAAACCGGGUUCGAUCAAGUAUAUAAUUUACACAGAUGUAGGCGAAGGGGCUCGAGUUCUUAAUGAUGACAAUGAGCAUUUGCUUAACGAUUGUGGAAACCCGAAACGGUUAAAUUGAGGUAUAUAUUUGUUUUUAUGUAUUUAUUGGGAAUAUGGGCUUAAUAAAUGUGGUUGGAGUUAUU